AUGGAUAGCGACAGCGAUGACGACGUUCCGCUGUCUUCACUACGCAAAAAGACUAAAGAAAUCAAAGAACGAGUUAAAGUGGAAGUAAAGACAGAAGGUUUAGUUAAUGGCAUGGGGAACACUACUAAACGGCAAGAGACGAUCGAGAGUGACAGUGAUGAUAACGUUCCUAUCAGUGGCUUGAUGAAACGCAAAAAGCUAAAGAUGGAUACAAAAAUCAAGAUAGAAAAAUUGCCACAGGAUUCUUCCUCACUAUCGAAAAGUACACCGCGAACAGUGAAGAAGAGAGUCAUUAAGAUAAAGAUUCGACAACAGGAGUGUACGGAACAGCUGUACGAAACGCUUAAGGGUAGACUAGCGCAGGAAUUGUUGUGUCGCUGGUGGUAUGCGAUGGAGUGGCCACCUGCAAAGAAAUCAGCGUCGAAACUGCAUGGCGUUCAAGAGCUCGACGGAUAUCCUGGUGCUUUUAUUCGCGUUAAGGGCGACGAUUUAGGCUCAAUCAUUGAUACGCGGUUAUCAGCAGGCAAACCGUCGUUUUUGCACUUUCUUGCCAUGUCUUCUGAAGACCUGCAAAAGCUACUCCUUCAUGCCUAUGACAGACAAAUGGAGGUGUUGAUUGAGCAUGAGGGCUCUGACGCACCUCUUCUAAAAGAGCUGCAGAAGGCACGCGCGUCAGCGGCUCGGAUCAACACGGUGAAGGCAGACCAAAGCGUACGAAAGGUGCUAAAGAGCUUUGCUGAGCUGGAGCGAGAGAUCAAAGAGGUGGAAGCUCUUGCUCUCAAAGAGGAGAAUACGCCGUCGGAUGAAGGCGAAGCAGAAGACGACGAUGAUGAUGACGACAUAGCGGAUGAAUAG